UUCAUUGGACCAUUCAAAAAAAUUCAAUGUUUCAAGAAUUGGUCUGAGUAGAAAUAAAUUAGUAUAACUAGUUACAAUCAAAUUAAAUGAAGGCAUAUCUACCUCCCUUUUCAAUUAAGACAGAAACAAAGAAAUGAUUUGGAUCUUGAAGAUCUUUGACAAUAGCAGCAUCCAAUGAAGAAAUCACCUUCAAGCAGCAUCAAUAAAAGUUUGCAUAAUCAAUAUAGCCAAAGAAAAGAGAAUGAUCGUUCUUUCUUGAAAUCUUUCAAGUCUGCUUUCAGAGCUGUUUUUGCAUUGUUCCUCUCCGGAAGCAAAAGAAAGACACCCUCAAAAGUUGAUGAAAGAAACAACAUAUCAAAAGUCAGAGGAGUAUCAUCUUCAAUUGACUCAUCCAAAAGUUCAUCAAAAUGGAAAUUUUCUAACUCCUAUGCAUCAUCAUCUAGAACUGCAAGUGGGCAACUUGAGAUUGGAAACUUCACCUUUGAAGAAAUCUACAAGUCAACGUCAAGAUUCUCCCCGGAGAAUCAGAUAGGAGAAGGUGGAUUUGGAACAGUUUACAAAGGUAAGCUUAACGACGGAACUCUUGUUGCCGUGAAGCGCGCCAAGAAGGACGGACCGAAACACUUGUACGAGUUCAAGAAUGAAAUAUACACCUUGUCAAAGAUUGAGCAUCGGAAUCUUGUGCGGCUAUAUGGAUAUUUGGAGCUUGCAGAAGAGAAGAUUAUUGUUGUUGAGUAUGUUGGUAAUGGGACCCUUCGCGAUCAUCUAGAUGGUACUCAAGGGGAUGGACUAGAAAUUGCUGAGCGUCUAGACGUAGCAAUUGAUGUGGCUCACGCAAUCACUUACCUUCACAUGUACACAGAUAAUCCAAUUAUUCAUAGAGACAUAAAAGCAUCAAACAUUCUAAUCACAGAGAACUUAAGGGCCAAAGUGGCAGACUUUGGUUUUGCACGCUUGUCUGAUGACCCUUCAGCAACUCAUAUUUCAACUCAAGUUAAAGGAACUGCUGGCUACAUGGAUCCUGAGUACCUAAGAACAUACCAACUCACUGAUAAGAGUGACGUUUAUUCGUUCGGUGUUUUGCUUGUCGAAAUGAUGACAGGACGGCAUCCCAUCGAGCCCAACAGACCCCUCCAAGAGAGAGUUACAAUCAGAUGG